AUGACAACAAUAUAUGCUUCAGGUGGAGGAAGUCUAGUAAUAAAUGUCAGACGAUCAGAAUCUCAAGAUGCACAUCAGAUUAUGAAACUGUUCACCCCUAGUACGACAGCCAUGUUUGGAAGAAUUAAUAUCUUCUACCUACUCGAAAAAGCAAAUCUUGCUUUGACAGUGGAAAAUGAGAAGAAAGACGUCUUAGCUCAUGCUGCUUUCUUGGAUUAUCCAAAUAUUGAGGCUGUUGAAAAAGACAACUGGGAACCAUGGCUACAUACAUAUGGUCCUAGUUCAAAAUGUACACCUUUGAACACCCUCUUUUUACAUUUGCUUGUAACAAAAUCAAGAGUCGCAGGUGGUUGUGCUAGAGAGAUUGUCAGGACUGUCUUUAAUGACAUCCGAGAACUUCACUACAUAAUCCUUGCUGUGCCAAAGAAAGUUGCCUUAGGUAAAAGAUUUUUUUCAGAAAUUGUCACAGAAUUUAUUCUUCGUUUUCAGAUACUGUCUGUUAAGGUGGAUGGUGUGUACUAUUCGGCUUUCAUCUGUUAUAGAAAGGACUAUGUUCCAGUACUACAUAUUCGAAAGGCCAGGAUUGAGGAUCAUGAUGAUGUCACCCCUAUCUUCAACAAGCAGACUGAUACAUUGAGAUACACUUAUGGUGAAUACUUCCUGGCAGAACUAAUAGAAGCUCAAGAUGAAACAACCCGAGCUGCGGUCUCUGAGGUAAAUAACUGUGCAGUGGGUUUCAUAAGUGUGUGCAGUGAAGUGAAUGUCAAACUCCUGAAUGAAUGUUUUGAUUUACGUCCAUUUCAUGGUUUUUGUAAAACUCAAGAGGAAUCGUCUCCAAAAAUAACAAAGAGUUCAGAAAAGGAAAUCAGUUCACCUGCAGUUUCUGAAAAUAAAGCAGAUGGAAAGAUUGCACCCAUGAAUGUAAUUCCAGUGGGCUGGGGUGUUAUUCAUGAUAUUCUAAUGAAUGCAAAAGAGUCUCUUGAUCGUGAAGAUUUGGGAGAAGUGUCAGACAGUGCUGAAAAUGCCAAAUUGCCAGAUGGUGAUGUUGAAGACCAAACAACCAAAGAAAUUGCUUCCAGUUCAAAUGACAGCCAGUCUUCAAAUGCUUUUUGCAUUCAGUUGUUCUGCAUUGAAGAAAAAUAUGAAACAAGGUCUCAGGAUUUUUUGCCCUACAUUUUUAAUCUUUAUCCGGACAAAGACUACUGUGUUAUCACAGUACCUCAUCUCAUCCCAGAAUUUCCUUUGCUAAAGGACUUUGUCCGUGUUGUGCCCUACAGCAAGACUACGUUAUAUCAUGAGCUAUAUGUCACUCAUCGCAAAGGCUUGUUAAAAUCCUUUGUGGUACGACUCGCAACACAAAAUGACACUGCAGGAAUUGAAAGACUUGUAAAAGACCUUCAUCUGGAGUUCAGUAUUUUAAAUACCUUGCAUAUUUACAAUCAAUCUCGCAGAGACCCAGAUGGAACUCCAAUUCAGGCAAUUGUUGCUGAGGUUUUACAAGAAAUUGUGGGAAUUGCUAUCAUCAGGAAUGAAGAGCAAAUUGAAUAUAUUCGUUCGCAUUAUAACAUCGAAAACUUUAUCUACUUCGACCAUCACCAACGUGAAGAACAUGGGCACCUCUAUCACUUUGCUUUGAACCCAAUUUUCCAUCACUAUACCAGACAUUUUCUCAAAGAAAUACUUCGGAUUACUUUUAAGUCAUGCCUGUACUACCCUGUUUACCCAAGAUUAUUACUUGAUAAGAUAACCAGUCCAUUUGCUCAUUCCCUCACAUCAGCCCUUAAUUGCCUAGUUCCUGUGCGCCGGAGACGACAGAUUAUCUAUCCAUUGGAACAACUUGGCAUUAAUGCUCCAUCGAAGCGAAUCACCCAGAAUAAGCCGAAGUAUGCUUUAAACCAUAUCAACCGAAAGCUGACCAUGGAGCCAAAGUUGACCAUUAAUUCACAAAUUGUAGUGGUUGGUGCUUCGGAGGUCGGGAUCUCCUUCCUUGAAACAUUGGUCUUCUGUCCACACUUACGGUUUCAUAACCUGACCUUGAUUUCAACAUCUGGACUUCCUGGAAGUUACUCAACUUCUGUGCGUAGAAAAUUCAAAGUUGCAAGUUACAACUAUAAUCCUGACGAUCACGCACAGAUAUCAUUGCAGACUUGGGUUAAUGUGGUGACUGGCAAGAUGAUUGGUAUAAACAGAGCUGCAAAAUAUGUACUUAUAACAGGAGAAACAAAGGUGCCAUAUGAGCAUCUAAUCCUAUGUACUGGACUACAGUAUCAGGUUCCUUGUCCCACAGGAGUGGAUAUAAAAGACAUGCUGACAAAUAAGGAUGUGACUGUUGACCCUGACCAGCAAUUUACAGGAAAAAUACCCUCCAACCUUUUUGUUCUUAAUAGUCAUGAUGACUGUGAAAAUGCACUGCAUUGGCUUAAAAAGCAUGAAGCAAAUAUUAAAGGAAAUAUCAUUGUGUAUGGGAGCACACUGGACGCUUACAUCACAGUGAAUACCAUCCUGACUUUUGGAAUUGAUGGCUCUUUCGUACAUCUGGUGAAGCCACCUUCGGAUUCAGGCAGACGUUGUUUUAACAAUCCUGAGAUAGAAAGUAAGGUAGAAGAAGCACUCAGGGAAGCUAAUGCUUCUGUGUAUUCUAACUGUCUGCUCGCUCAGUAUAACAAUGGGAAGGUCCAUGAACGUAUAACCCUUGCAACUUUCACCACGGAUUCUCAACCAUUGAGUCUAAAAUGUGUGGCUUUCUUUAACUUUGACAAGAAGAAGGUAGAUGUUGAUGCAUUCAGCGCCAUCAAUAAGGCAUGCCUCGUCUUUGAUGGAAAAUUGGUAAUUGACUCCACCUUCCAUACCAAUGAUAUAACAAUCAGAGCUGCUGGAUCAUUAACUAAAUAUUCCCGUCGUUACUAUGCCGACCAAUGGUCUCAUGAAAAUUUUAAUUCAAAAGAGGUUGGAUUUCAGCUGGCUGCACUCAUGCUGCACCUAUUUGACCCGACUCUGGAGAAAAUAACUAAGCCACCAGCAGAGUUAGAUAAACUUCUCCCGACUUAUUCUGGACCUAAAGCCAAAGGAGGCAUUAUACCUGGAAGAUACCAUUACCUACAUGUUUCUAAGCCAGGGAUCAUAUCCUGUGUGGAUUCACAGAAGUCACGGCCUGAAUAUGGACGUGAACUGAUCACAGGAAGUGUCAAUGCAGGGAACUACUUUGAAAUUCAUUUGAACCAAUACAGCAUGGUAGAAUCCAUCACUUGUUUCUCACUAAAAUCUUUUCCAGUCUCCAACUAUAUCUGCCUUUAUGGACAGCAUGAGCGUCUCCUUAAUAAUUUGUGUUCUCGCUUUGACGAAGGCCUGAUCUCAGAUUUGUACAGCUAUCUAAGUGAGCCUUGGUGCAUGAGUAUCUAUCAUGAUCGCUUCAUGGACUUCAAACAAGAAGUGCGGCAAUUACUGGAAUCCCACAAGGAGCCGAUCGACGAGCUGAUUCGUCGGAUAGCGGAUGGAGAGCUGCUGGUACCAGGAAAUACCAAGGAAUUUUUGGAGCAGCAAUUUGCGAAAGACGGUUACCAGAAGUUGGUAGAAAAAAGCCUCCUAAACUACCUGAGCUACAAUCGUUACCACCUCCCAAUGUUUGCAAGGCCUGGUAUUGUUUAG